AUGACUACGUACCUACCUCACCAGACAACAGUGGAAUUUUGGAUCUAUAUCCUCAUAGCGACGAACAUGAUUCUGUUGAUCUUGAUUGUUGAGCUCUUAUAUUCAAAACUGCAGAACUAUAACCGCAUGCCGCCGGAAGCAAAGGCCGCUCCUAAACAAGACUCUACACUCCCCAAGCACAAACCUACCCCCCUGGAUCCAGCACAGUGCCUUGUGGACCCUUAUACAGCCGCGACACGAGCGCGAGAUGAACUCUGCCAACUAUCCUCUAAAGCUCCCAAGCUGAACACGGACGGAACAAUUACUCUUACCCCGGUGCAGAUGGCUUUCUUCCAGUGA